AUGAAUAUUGUAGAAUUGAUUCACUUGGAUGUUUACAAGUUGUUGUGGUUUUCUUUGAAGAAGAGUGCUAGAUCUAUGCUAAUGGUUGUGGAUGACUACUUGAAGCAGACAUGGGUGUUUGUGUUGAAGCACAAGUUUGAUGUUGUUGGAAUUCCAAAAAGUUUCUUGAGAAGAUGUGGAAAGGAUCUCUCAAACUCGGUGCUUCUCCAGGUUCCAGGCUGUUCAACCUGGACUAUAGAACUAGAAAAGUGUAACAAUGACAUGGUUUCGCUGUGGAAAGGUUGGCAGGAUUUCAUGGAGUAUUACUCCAUUGGUCAUGGUCACCUCAUAGUUUUCAAAUAUAAAGGGAACUCCACUUUUGGUGUAAUAAUAUUCGACAAGAGGCCUCUCUCUGGUUUUGAAUUGGCCAGCGAAUUUGAAUCAGAGUAUCCUUUUUUCAAGGUGAUGAUGCAGCCGUCUUACCUUAAGCAUCAUAUACUGUAUGUUCCCCGUAGAUUUAUCAUGCAGCACAUUCGGAAAAUCAAGGAAAUCGCAAUUCUCAGGCAUUCCGGCAGGUCAUGGCCAGUGAAGCUUAGGAGCUGUGGACAUCGUGGGGCAUGUUUUGGUUCUGGUUGGUUCAGAUUUUUGAGAGAAGCUCAUUUGCGCUUAGGGAAUGUCUGCGUGUUCGAGCUUAUUGAUGGGGAGGAUAUUGUGUUCAGAGUUUACAUUUUCAAUAGUGCUGGUAAGAACUAG